AUGAAAGACCCCCAAGAUUCAGCGCGCCAUUGCCAGGCACAGAAAGACAUAAAUUCAUCCCAUGUUCGGGUAUCGCAUUCGACGACACUACCCGGCGUUCCAGCGCAAAAGAUGGAAACUCAUGCGCUAUCUACCUGGGCGCUUUUGUUGCAUGUCUACAACCAUCAAGAAAGUGUUACUUUCUCGGUUGUUCGACGUAACAAAAUAACUCAAACGGUGUCUUGCAAGAUCGACGACGACAAAACCCUGCAAGAAGUUUUUGAUUCAGUGCCAAAUGUCAACGAGUUUGCGUGUUCGGAGAGUCAACAACCAAGGUCUGCUGUUUGCAUCAAUCCAGAUCAGUGCAUAAGCCCGGAGGAUCUGAAAUCAGGGUUCGAGUGUUACAUGCUGCUCGAUCUACAAAUGACAAAGGCGGGAUACUGUCCAUGGGCUUAUAAAUCGACACGACAAACCAAGGCCAAAGCGAUUGCAAUUAACAGCACCGCGGAGAAGAUCACAUACGAGGAGCUUGGUAAAAUGUCCGCGGCGAUCGCUCACGAGCUAACCGCCAAAGGCAUUCAGCACGGAAGCAGAGUAGGGGUGUACUUGGAAAAGUCUGCGUGGGCGGUUGUGGUCAUCAGUGGUGUUCUGCGAGCAGGAGCAGCAUUAGUCCCACUUGAUGUUCUCUGCCCUGAGAAUCGUUUGAGAUACAUUGCCCAGAAGUCUGAAAUGCGAGCGUUGAUCACUGAGACAGAAUUGAGUGACAGAGCUACCAAGACGAUUUGCGGAAAUCUCGAGCUCAUCAUGCUCCGCAGCCUGAAGCAGCUCCAAGUUCCCGCUGAUUGGGUCAAAGAAACAGCCGUCGACCCUUCACAAAUUGCCUAUAUUAUGUUCACUUCCGGAAGUACAGGCAAGCCCAAAGGGGUUUUGCAUGAGCAUAAGGCAGUGGCAGGAAGUUUGCAGGAUGUUACCCAAGCUUUGGGCAUGAGCCCGGAAACAAGACAUUUGCAGUUUGCCUCCUUCUCAUUCGAUGCUAGCGUUCUGGAGCUUUUUGGGCCUUUGAUCGUGGGAGGGACAAUUUGCGUGCCAUCGACGGAGGAGAGAGUGGAGGAUCUGCAGUCGGUCAUGCGUCAACUUGAAGUCACAGAUGCCACUCUGACUCCGGCAGUUGUCACACAAUUAAAUCCAUCAGAUCUGCCAUCACUAAGAUGCAUUUCGAUCGGAGGAGAUGCGCCAAGUUCACACAUCCUUUGCAAGUGGUCUCAACAGGUCGCGUUGAAUAAUGUGUACGGCACCACCGAGAUAUCUGUCUGGGACACUAUCAAAGUCCGGAUGAAACCAGGCGAUUAUCCCAAAAGUAUAGGACACGGGAUCCACGUCAACUGCUGGAUCGUUGAUCCCCGCAAUAUAGAAAGACUUCUUCCAAUUGGCGCUGUUGGAGGAGCUGCUCAUACAAGUUCAUCGGCGUUUAUCGAAGCACCAAAAUGGUACGCUCGUUUUCAAGAUACAGCAGGGUGCUCUAUGUACCGAACCGGAGACCUGGCAAAGUUCGACGUGGACGGUAAUGUCACUUUUGUCGGCCGCGAAAGUGGCUUCAUUAAGAUCCGCGGCAUGCGUGUGGAGCUGACGGAGAUUGAAAGAGUGAUUGGAUCUGUGAUUGCUCCGCGUAAAGCAGCAGUCAUUCUCUCCGGCGCUGAUCACGAGGAUGACAGUACAGAGAUUAUGGCUUACGUCGAGGCACCUUCGGAUAUCAUCCCGUCGUUGGCCGAUGACCUACAUGCAGCAAUGGAGAAAUUGCCUUCGUAUAUGAUACCCUCAGUUUUCCUGCCUGUUGAAUCAAUGCCACUGACAGAUUUCAAGAAGAAGGAUAGGCGGGGUCUGCGUGAAUCAGUCUCUCGUAUAAAUAGCACGGAUCUUGUUGCGUACAGGCCAGGGCCCUCUUCCAUGAGACAGUGGGAGAAGAUUGACCCGAAUAGGAAGUUUACCAUAGAGCUUAGCAACAUGGUUGCAGAUAUGUUAGACGCUCGGAAAGAUCAGAUCGCUCAACGUCUCAGAGGCCAUGAUUUCCCAGUAUCGAGUAUAGGGCUUGAUUCCGUUCAAACGGCACAACUCACGGGGCUUAUACGAAGAGCUUGGGGGCUAAACAUCAGGGUCGAAAAGCUACAAGAGCCGGGAUCAACAAUCGGAAGACUCGAGAAGAUUUUCCAAGGCGAUGAGGAAGUGGACGACCUCGGCGUGAGAUUAGAUCUCCUCGAAGAGCUAGACGAUGUUGUGCCACAUCUGAGGGCCCCUCCACAGCCUAGAGAGGCGGUGUUUGUCACCUCACUGACAGGAUUUCUUGGGACUCAGCGCAUCAUUGGUCUGGUUCGGGCGACCGACAUGAGAGAAGCCGAGCAAAAAAUUCAGCAUCAUGCCGAGGUUGGUCAAUGGCGGACUGACAGACUAGACUCGCGCGGUGAGAUCUGGCUUGGAGACUUGAGCAAGAACAAAUUGGGACUGUCAACAGAACAAUGGGACUGUCUCACUGGAAACUCGAGCGAGACGCGAAUUGAUGGGAUCAUCCACAGCGGGGCGAAAGUCAACUGGCUUGAUUCCUUUGAGACUCUCAGAGCGACUAAUGUGGAUAGUACCGUGCAGAUUCUGGCUGCCGGAGCUUCCCAGCCCAUUCCCUGUGUUCUGACAUACGUUUCGGGCGGAUAUCUUCCCGCCGCAGAAGAGUCAAGAGAGGAUACCGCGCGGAAGCUCGAGCGUGCCGGUGGAUAUGAUCAGACCAAAUUCUUGUCAAGGCUUUUGGUGGACGAAUAUAACGGCGCCCUCGAUCGAGCUGAGAAUCCAUUCAUUCGAAAGCGCAGACGAUCCAGCCAGGCUACAUUCAUUCUCAGUCUUGGCGCGAUAAGCAAGAAUUUGACCGAUGCGCACAUUCCGGUAGCCGGAGUCGAUCAGAUCGCGCAACUGAUCGUGGAGCGUGCGCUCAGAAGAACACCGCAGUCCGAGUGUGCCAUCGACUGCUGGGAUGGAAUCACCUUGUGCGAACUGUGUGGAAUACUACAGCAACAGACGGGAAAGUCCAUCGAGGUCAAGAAUCACGAUGUCCGGAUGCGAGCGCUGCGUUCGGAUAUCAAUUCCAGAAGUGACCAGCCGUUUCUACCUGUGUUGGAGUGGUUCGAAGACAAUCAGUGGCAAUUCGCGAACAGUGCAGGGGGCUCUGCUCAUGAGGCAGUUUUUGAGCGAACAGAGAUUGUUGACGCGAUUAUCAAGAGCGUGUCGUACCUGAUCGGAAUAGGAUUCCUGCCAUAUGAGGAUGAUAGGAAAGGGUCAGAGGGGAGUCGGAAAAUGCCGAUUUACAAGCGAUCCAAUUAGGCGAAGUGUGAG